GACCGUCAAUGUGUCUAGGAGGACAGUAGACAUUUUAAUAGGAAAACAACACAAUUUCUCGGCUACGUUAUCUUCCAGGCACCUAAAGUGUCUGUUUCUUUACGUGUGUGUCUGACACUAUAUACACUGCAACUAUGUGGUAUGAAAUAUUGCCCGGUCUUGGCAUCAUGACCGCAUGUCUCAUUAUUCCUGGUAUUCUCACUGCUCAGAUCCAGAAGUUCACGAACGGGGGGAAGGAAAAGAGAAUUGCGCGAGUUCCUUACCAGUGGUACUUGAUGGAGAGAGAUAAACGUGUGUCAGGAACUGGAGUGUAUCACCAGUCUAAAGGACUUGAGAACAUCCAUUGAAGAUACAGAUUUCACAUAAAGCUGGAUUUUGGUUGUAAAUUAAACUACUGUUAUGCGAUA